AUGGUUUGCCACUUUGACAACAGUUUUCACUUGUCUGACAGAGUUGAUAGUUUGUGUAUUAAACCUUGCGAACUGCCAAAGCUGUUUCGCAUCUAUUCUAAUCAGCAUAAAGCUUCUACCCCCGUGCUGUUGCAAAUCACCCCCCUACUGGGCGCGCUGAUAGGAGUCGUGGCCGCCUUGAUAUUGGUUGCCAUCAUCAUCGUGGUCGUGAUCCGUCUUCGCGGUGGUGGAGACAGAGGCGAUAAAGACUACGACGACAACGAACUUGCUAACAAUGGCAGAAGGGGAGUAUCUGGAAGCAACAGCGACAAAGCGAGCACGGAACCUUUAAACAAAGAACUAAACUCGAGUACGGACAGCUUAGAAGAAAAGAAUCCCGAUAUAAUACCCCAAAACAACGCUGAUGAUGAAUACCAAGACGAAGAGAGAGCAUUUGAAAGGCUGAACAACAUCACGAUUCGAUCGUAUAGUCGGAUACAAAGUCCAAACAGCCAACUGAAAAAUGAUAACUAUAUAACCAAGUCGGACGAAAUAACUUAUGCGGAGCUUUCGUUGUCCAACCACCAGCAACCGCUGUCCGCUGCGCCUGCGCAAUUGCUGUACAACCAAAACCAACCGCAACCGGUCGCGCCUGCGCAAUGCAUCCCUAUGUCGCUGAUGCGCAGGGCUGAGCCGACGGUUUACGCCCAGUUGGAUGUAGCUCGCAUGCGUCCGCCGCUCGCGCCGGCUGCUGCCGCGUUCCACGCACUGCAACGCCAUCUGCCGAUGACGUACCAGACCACACCUAGGCCUAUGCGGGACGACAUGCACGUGACGAUGGCACAGCAGCCGCAUGAUGGAUCCGUCACGUCAGAGACGCCGCUGCUCAACCAGAGGGAUUCCAGCGUACUACAAUCAUUACUAGAAGUGAACACGUCAAGAACACCAACGAUAACGUCUACCUUACCCAGGACAGUAACUGCGACUCGCUUUUGACCUAAUUAAGUACGAAGACGAGGACCUUGUGUACUUAUAAAUUCAAUUUUUAUUGUUACGAUAACGAUAUUAUAAAUGUUGCGUUGUGCGUGUUGUUUUUAAAGGGACUCUUAGUACGAGAGUAUAUGUCUGUGAGCACGUCUAUAGGAUACGUUAGUGUGCCAGUAUAACAUUUUUAUAAGCAAUUCAAUUGCACUGUAUAUGUGUUAAUGUGUUUUGAAUGACUGAUCAUACGAGUAUGUACAAUCACUAUGAAUCUGAUUUUAACAAAAAGUUCCACGGCUCACCUUAGCGAAACUUAUUGUCUUACGUUAGCACGAGCAAGACAAAUAAAACUGGCGUGCGGAUACUGUUACUUAACUAAACAACGAUAAUAGUUUUAUAUGGUGAGCUUUAGAACUUGAUAUAUGUUCAUAAGUUAAGUCUAUGUCGGGUUCAAUAACCCAGGAUGGUUCAAGUGUUCAAGCGGAUGAACAAGUCUUAGGCCGCGGUUAUAGUCUAAGGUGGCAGGAGACAGACGGCGAGUUUUAGGCGACGGACGACGCCGGUCGUGUCUGUUUUGUACGUUUUUUUUAUAUAUCGAAACAGCCGCGCAGGCAGAAGAAAAUGCCGGAACACCGCGGCUGCUAUGAUGAUCCCAAAGAAAUUUUGUUAAUACGAUUUUUGAACUGCCUGGUUAGUAGUAGGUUAGUAGAACUGGGAAAAGCUUCCUCUUGUAGAUUGUUCCACAAUCUAGACACCCUCGGGACAAAGGAGCGGUCGUAUCGGCCAGUUCUGGAUGCACGAAGUUUGACACGGUUAGGAUGGGAUGCCGAAGUCAGGCGUGUCUGUCUGGCAGGCACAUCGCGCGGCGCCAUCAUGGAAGAGAGCUCUGAGGAGCAAAGCCCGUUGGUGUAACGAUAGAAAAGAGCUAGAUCGCCGACGGCCCGCCGGUGCGAAAGUGUCCCGAGACUGUCUGUUAGAGAAGAGUCAUCGAUCAGUCGAACCGCCCUCCUCUGGACAGCAUCGAGCAUGAAAAAUGUAGUCGGGGCGGCAGCACCCCAAAUGUGUGAGCAAUACUCGAGGCUAGGCCUUAUCUGGGCCUUGUAUAGAGUGAGAAGGUCAUACGGAGAAAAGUACUUCUUA